GGCACCCCCUCAGCCGCCGAGUGGGCUCAACUCGCCCGCCCUGGCCGCCCAGCCCUUGUACAACGCACCUACUAGACCGCCCCUGGAACAUGGAAUGUUGGUUCCAUGGAUGUUUUCCGUUUGGUUACUGGGGACCCAGGCCAUGGGCUCACUGGGUUCGCCUGAUCCCCAAUCUUCCAGACAAUCCUCUAGACAAUCUUCCAGACAACCUUCUAGACAAGUUUCACGAGGACAAAGCUCUCGACAGUCUCCCAAGCCGAGAGCACAGAGUACCAAGCCUAAAUUCCAAGAGGUGUUCGGCUGGGGUCAGGUGGACUUUGCGUACCCUUCCGACCAAGCGAGACAGGCUGCCAUAGCUGACGGGACAUUUAUACCCGAAAACAACCUCCCUCUGGGAAUAGAGGUAUGGAAAGACCGAGUGUUUGUGUCAGUGCCCCGGUGGAAGGAAGGAGUUCCAGCAACUCUGAACGUCAUCUCCAUGAACGAUCCCUCCCCCAGCCCGCUGCUGACUCCGUACCCCUCCUGGGAGUGGCAUCAAUCCGGGAACUGCAAUGGCCUCACCUCUGUGUUCCGCAUGAAGGCUGACGAGUGUGGAAGACUGUGGGUGAUUGACUCUGGAAUCAUUGACGCCCUUCGGACUGUCAAAGUCAUCUGUCCACCCCAACUCUUUGUGUUCGACCUGGAGACCGACAGGCUUCUGUGGAAGUAUGAGAUCCCUAAAGAUCAGAAUCCAGAGAGUGCUUUAUUCACGUUCAUCACCGUAGACAUCAGGGACAAUGACUGUGAGGACGCCUACGCUUACAUUGCUGAUGUGUUCAGAUACGGUUUGAUCACCUACCGCUGGAAGACUGACAGUUCCUGGAGGAUCACUCACCCCCACUUCUUCCCUGACCCUAUCGUCAGCAGAUACAACCUUGAUGGGCUCACCUUCCGAUGGACCGACGGAAUCUUUGGACUGAGUCUGUCACCGGUUGACCCUGUAACUAAAGACAGAACUAUGUUCUUCCAUCCGAUGUCGAGUUUCCGCGAGUUUGAGGUAGCAACGUCCAUCAUCAGACGGGAAGGUGGAAACUUAACUCAGGAGGAGAAGGACUCAUUCUUCCUCCUAGGAGAGCCGAGAGGAGAGAGCAACAGUCAUGCUAGCGCCUCCGCAAUGGACAGAAACGGAAUCAUGUUCUACAACCUAGUGACAGCUAACUCUGUCGGCUGUUGGAACUCCCAGACCCACUACUCUCCGAGGUCACAGGGUGUCGUUGAGAGAAACAGCAAAACUCUCAACUUCCCCAACGAUCUCAAGGUGGACCAAGAGCCGGAACAGAACAUCUGGGUGUUGAGCAACAGGUUGCACAAAUACCUCUACAGCUCUCUCGACCCUACUGACGUCAACUUCCGACUACUCACGGUUCCGGUGAAAGAGGCCAUCAAGGGGACUGUGUGUGAACCUGGAGCAAACAUACCAAGUGAACCGGUCGAGAAAUGUCCUAAAAAGCAUUAAGGUGUUUGAAAAGAUAGUCAGCUUAUCUUUGACUAUUGAUUGAAGUAGACAUCCCAUUCCUGUUAUAGUUGUAGCCAUUAAGGGAAUGGAAAUGGACAAGUCAAAUUAAUUGAGCCACCGACAGAGUGAUAGCUGUUGGAUAUGGCAAUUUUUAAACCAAGCAUAACUAAGAAUGGAAAUCACUGCAUCAUUCAUGUAACUUCAACUACCUAUCAAAAUGUUGUCAGAAUUUAGUGUUACCCAGUUUCCUCCUGUGACACAAGGCGGCGUUGGUGUGUGGCAACAUCGCAAUGUCAUGCA